AAGCGUCCGCGACGCGUCGGUUUCUCGGCACAACAACGCCGGUGCGCAACACAAGUUUGACAUUGCCUGCUUCGUUCGCCUUAACAAAGUCCGCAAAAUGACGUCGGUGACUUUAAAUGGGUUAAAACAAAUAAUGAAAGCAAUGACCGACGCGCCGGGCUUCGACAGAGUCCUGCGCAAGGUGGAUGUCCUGUCUGCCGUGGAGGGUAAGGUGGUGUGCGAGAUGAGAGUCGGAGAGGAGCACACGAACCGCGGCGGGACGCUGCAUGGCGGCCUGACGGCCACGCUGGUCGACGUCAUCUCCACUAUGGCCAUCAUGUGCAGCGAGAGAAGAGCACCGGGGGUCAGCGUGGACAUGAACGUGACGUAUAUGAAUGCUGUCAAAAUUGGAGAAGACAUACUGAUCACUGCCCAAGUUCUGAAGCAAGGCAGGACCCUAGCCUUUGCUACUGUGGACAUCACCAACAAGGCCACAGGGAAGCUGCUCAUACAAGGAAGACACACCAAGCACCUCGGCAGCAGCUGAUCUGUUUUUGCCUCUGAGCCUGUCAGCAUGUGCACUGUCAAAAGCAGUAACAAGGUUGAUGCUGAAACUGUACGUCAAUAUCUGAUUAAAAACUGGUGCUGUAC